UAAUUUUCGUAUAUCAAAUACUUAAAUGGAUUCGCCUAUUCCUUCGAUUGCUAGGUAAUAAAAGAGCGAACCGUCCUAGAUAAAGAAGGGCGAACCAAACAAGCCCCAUAUGUAAUGUAAACCCCACUACCACCGAGAUCUUCAUCUCCGUUCCGUGCGUUCGAAUCAUCAUCUUCGACCAUCUGCGUCGCCGUUCAACCUAGGGUUUCUUUCUUUCGCACCUUUGUUUCGGGGAAGAGGAGGAGAGAUAACAUCGUCGUCGUCAAGGAGAAGAAGAAAUCGGACGGUGUUUUUCCCCGAGGAGGAGGAGGAGGAGGAAAAGGAGGAGGAGGAGGAGGAGAUAAAAGAUCAUCGUCAUCGCCAUCAUAAAAUCAUCAGCAUCAUUAUCAGAAGAAGAAGAAAGAGGAGGAGGAGGAGGAGGAGGAGGAGGAGGUGGAGGAGGAGGAUGAGCUUCCAGGACCUGGAAUCGGGGCGCGGCGGCGGCCGGUGGGGGAAUGUGGCGGUCAACGGGAGGAAGGGCAAGGAAUCCACGCAGGCGGUGGCGUCGGGGGUCUUCCAGAUCACCACCGCCGUCGCCACCUUCCAGCGCCUCGUCAACACCAUCGGCACCCCCAAGGACACGCCCGACCUCCGCGAUAAGCUGCACAAAACACGGGUACAUAUUCUUCAGCUAAUAAAAGAUACCACGGACAAACUCAAACUAGCUAGUGAAGCAGAUAAAAACAGCGAAAUCAGCGCAAGCAAAAAGAUUGCUGAUGCGAAGCUUGCAAAAGAUUUCAAAGCAAUUAUGCAAGAGUUCCAAAAAGCUCAAAACCUUGCAGUUCAGAGGGAGACGGCUUAUACUUCAUUUGUUCCCCAAGCAGUGCUUCCUUCAAGCUUCCUGGUCAUGUUCGUCUUCACAGCCUCACUUGUUUUGGAUAUAAGCUACACAGCAAGUGAGAUAAAUGUUCGUCCUGAUAAAACACCUGAACAACGUGCAUUGCUUGUUGAAUCAAGGAGACAAGAGGUUUUGUUAUUGGAUAAUGAGAUUGCUUUCAAUGAGGCUAUCAUUGAGGAGCGAGAACAAGGCAUUCAGGAGAUUCAGCAGCAGAUUGGUGAAGUGAAUGAGAUUUUUAAGGACCUAGCCAUGCUUGUCCAUGAUCAAGGAGCCAUGAUUGAUGACAUCGAUGCCAACAUUGAGAACUCUGCUGCAUCUACUGCACAGGCAAAUACCCAACUUGCAAAAGCAUCCAAGACGCAGAAGUCAAAUUCAUCACUGAUGUGCUUGCUUUUGGUGAUUUUUGGUAUUGUGCUGCUUAUUGUGAUCAUUGUCCUUGCAGCUUGAGAGUUCUAUAAAUGAACUUUUAACUGAAUUUUAACAUUAUCUGAUCUCUGUUGUGAGACAUCGCUUUGCUGUAGGUUGGGUGGGGCCGUGGGAAGCAUGCUUUUUUGUUAAGGCCUUGUUGAUGGUCGCUAGUGUAUAUUAAUGUGUUGAUUUUGAUUUGUGCAUCAUGCGGUUCGUCGGGCCUGUUUUGUGGUUCGUUUCGUCUCGUGUGGGGUCUCCAUGUUGGAGGCUGGCUUGUCUCUUUGUGUGAAUGUAAUCAUCAGAUGCUGUAAUUACCGUGAAUGAGUAAAACUAAAUUCUUUUUUUUUU